AUCGAUCCUACUAGCUAGGCUCACAGUUGUUGAUGCAAGGCGCUGCUCAGCCGCUGGUUCAAUGACAAUGUGCUUGUUACAUGGCGUGCUCUGUUGCUUGAGCUAUGGUCAGAAGCUUGAUUGUUGCUUGAGGCGGUUCAAUGCAGCAACGGUACUUACUUUGAUGAACAUGCAGGUACCUGCCUCCCUUGCAACCAAGGCAUUCAUCUCACAUUUGUUCCAGCUGGACCCCUCACGGGUGAAGCUUAUUUGCCAUGGGAGCUGCCUACUGGACGACCAUGCAGUGAAGCAGGCGGCCGCGGCAGGGCACUCGGUGGUGCUUCUUUCAUCCCGGAGUAAACCUGUGGGGAGGUUGCAGCAGUGCUGGAUCUGGCUGUGGAGUUGGUUUACGGACAGGCUCUCACGCUGGGAGGCCACUGCAAGCUACAUGUACAGCCACCUUACAUUUCCACAGCCCCUGGAGCUAUUCCUGAGGUCCUUGUCACCAACCUUCACACCACCGCCACUGGUGGAGCACUCCAGCCAGCAGUGAGCAUAGUGUCACUGCAUGAGUGCGUGUGCUGCAACCAUUAGGGCACAGCGGGCAGUGGCAAACCUAGCAGCCAAACCCUAGACAAGCAAUCUACUACAAGUUCGUUGAGACAAAUAAUGGUGUUGUGCCGCGCUGUAAACGCAAACACAAGGACGACCGGAACGGUGAGGGAUGAGGAGUUCUUCUCCUCUAGCAUAAUUUUGAACAGAAUAUGCUGCAGCCAGAAGACGAUACUAGGACCUCAGGACCUAGGAUCAUAGCCCGGCAUAGUAGAGGUGAUUUCGCUGACCUUGCACUGCUUACCGUUGACUGGGUGGCCGGCCCAUGCGGGUAAUUAGGAGAACAAGUAAGUGCAUCGACUUUUAGGCCAGGGCACUGGCCGACAGCUUGUCAAUCGGCAUGCCCUGUUGCUAGCUAGAGGCAGUGAGAUUCACGGUUGCCAGAGCACAUGCAUUCAGGGAAUGCUGAACAGCAGGCGUCGUUAGAUGUGGAUGGAGUGUAUGUGUGCAUGGGGGUGGGAUAGAUGUGAUAAUGCCACAGAUAGAGGCGCACGGCAGGGCGGUGGCGGUGACGCUGCUGGCAAUGCGGGCAGCAGGAGGUGGUACCUGAAGCUGUGGCUUUGUGAAGUUGACACGGUAAGAA